AUGGAGGCAGAAGACAAUGCGGAAUCCGUUUUCUACCCCGCGUUCUGCUUCAAGGCGUCGCCAACCCACUUCGCCUGGGUGAAGAUGGCCGCCUCGGAUGUGCAUCGACUGAAGAGACCGGACGGCUUUGGAGGCCAGAAAAUAUUUUUCUAUAAGAACCACCCAAUCCGCUUCGUCAGCGUCGCGGGCAUCAUCGUGGCCAGGAACGAAAUCACUCGCCGCACGAUUCUCACGUUGGACGAUAGCAGCGGCUCUACGCUGGAAAUUGCCAUUCUGCAUGCCGAUCCCAAUGCACCGGCGCGAGCAGAAAUAGCUCAACCAACCAUGGGCGCAGCCGAAACAGAUGCGGCAGCUCUCGAUACCUCGGAAAGGUCACUAGGUAUCCAGUCCAAUCAGACCAUCCAUCUUUCAGCUACAGAUCGGACCACCUUGGACAUAUCAAGCCUGGUCUCUGGUGCCACUGUGAAAAUCAAAGGCACGUUAUCGAUGUAUCGACAAACGAUGCAAUUGCAACUCGAACGCUUCGUCCUGGUCCCCGACACGAAUACCGAAAUGCAGUUCAUGGACGAGCGGGUGCAGUUCCUCGUUGAUGUGCUUUCCGUGCCUUGGGUUCUACUCGAUGAAGAGAUCGAGCACUUGCGACAAGAGGCGGAGGAGGGAGACAUGAAGGCUGUUGAAGAGAGGAGACGUGCUGCGAGGAGGAUGAAGAGGCGGGCUGAGCGGGAGGAGAGGGAUCAGCGACAUAUUCAGAAACGGUAUGAGAGAGAGGAGAAGAAGCGGGCGAAGGAGGCGUCGGUGUGUAAGCAGGAUGGAACGAGAGUCAUGCAGGAUAUUCGGCGGAAGAGGGAGUAUUCAGAGACGGGACUCCAACAAGAUUAA